AUGGCUUUCUACGAGGACCAGUCGGGCGAUCAACCUUUUGGAAGGAAGCCGUAUGAAGGUGGAGUUGCAGGGCCGCGCCGUCCAAGACUGGUUACUGACUAUGGCUCGUCUCUCGUCCAAUACAUGCGCACGCGGCGACCGCGGUAUAAAGGAGGACAUCGGAUGGAGAUGGAGAGACCCAGUGCGAGCUAUAUAGUGGAUAUGGUCCCGCCAUUGGCACGAAUUCAUUCCCCUGCAGACACCAUUCCCGUACGGCAUCUACACCAGUCAAUUGGUAAAUCGAAAAAGCCCAUCACAGUCGUGCGAUGGACGCCGGAAGGGAGGCGGUUGUUGACGGGAGGCCAUACCGGAGAGUUCAUGUUAUGGAAUGGAAUGGCGUUCAAUUUCGAGACAGUCAUGGAUGCACAUUAUGACCAGCUACAAGCAGGUGUGACUUCGCUGGCGUGGUCGCAUAGCCAUGACUGGUUGAUUUCGGGAGGACAAAAGGGCGACAUCAAAUAUUGGCGACCGAACUUCAACAACGUGGAGACAAUCGAUGAUGCUCAUCACGAUGCUGUACGAGACCUAGCGUGGUCUCCCAGCGACACGAAAUUUCUUUCCGCGUCCGAUGACACGACCCUGAAAAUUUUCGACUUUACCUCACGGACUGCCGAUACGAUCCUGACAGGUCACAACUGGGAUGUUAAAUCGUGCGAUUGGCAUCCGACUAAAGGACUGCUCGUUUCGGGUUCAAAGGACCAUCAAGUCAAGUUCUGGGAUCCCCGCACCGCACGGUGCUUGACGACCCUCCACAGCCAUAAGAAUACUGUUACAACUACGCGCUUCUCCCGAGUGAAUACCAAUCUUCUUGCGACGUCAUCACGCGACCAGACCGCGAGGGUGUUUGAUCUGCGCAUGAUGAGGGAUAUCUGUAUUCUGAGGGGUCAUGAGAAGCCCAUCUCAUCUCUCACGUGGCAUCCUAUCCAUAGCUCCCUCAUUUCCACAGGUAGCGAGGACGGUUCACUGUACCAUUACCUGCUUGACGAACCAAACCUGCCUUCAGGGCAGGUCCCCACAACCGCGCCGUAUGACAGCCCCGAUCCAGCGAAUACCCCGGCACAGGUUAUCUACCCAGCGCAUCGAAUCCAAUACGCGCAUGGUGCGACUAUCUGGUCUUUGGACUGGCAUCCUCUGGGCCAUAUCUUGGCGUCGGGUUCUAAAGACAACUUUACUCGAUUCUGGUCACGGGCACGACCGGGAGAGACCAGUUAUUUGAAAGACAGAUUCCAUAUCGGUGAGGAGGCGGCCGAAGCUCAAGGAACAUGGAGUCGUGGGUUCGGAAGGCGCCAGAUGCGUGAAGAGGAGGAACAAGAAUUGCAGGAUGAGGCCGAUAGCUUGGUUGAUCAGAAAAAGACCGCCGGACAGUCUCUUCCCGGAAUACAAAUUGCACCCCCUGGUUUUGGCUCUCAACAAGAAGGAUCAGGGUCAUUGUUACCAGGGAUUGGUGCACCCCAGCCUGUACCACAAUCAGGCAUGCCUGGGAUGCCUGGGAUGCCCGAAAUGCACGGAAUGCCGGGAAUGUCUGCGUCCAUGCCUCCUAUGGAUCCCGGGCGUUUGGCCGCGCUUAUGUCUACCCAAAAUCCACCGCCGCACAACAAUUACCCCCCGAACACCGGCAUGCCCGGGUUCCCCAUGCUUCCUGCUAUGUCAGGGACACCGCCGGUGAACAUGGAUCUCGUAGAAAUCCAGAAGCAGCUCAUGUCACAGGGCAUCUCUCCUCAGAAUUUUGCCUCGUUAGCCGCAUCUUUAGGAUCUGGUGGCCUUCCCGGUCUGCAAGGCCAUACACCUGACAACGAGUAUAGACGAUGA